GAAAUUGAUACUUGGUCAACGUCGAGCAGACAACAACAGCACUGAGCUCAACCGUCUCAAAUACUCCAGUCCUUAUAUAUUGAAUCUCACGUCAUGUCUCAAUACAGUUAUUCUACGGACCCACUGGAUUCUGACAGUAUUCGCUUGCUCGGUUUAAUGCCAGACAAAGACCUGACCUCUCCAAUACAUUGCCGACUUCAUGAUUAUUCUCUUCGAGAAUCAGACAGGGGGAUUCAUCUAUAUGAAGCUUUAUCCUACGUAUGGGGUAGCCUGGAGAACCUUAAAGUUGUCUAUGUCAACAAUCGUUCUCUAUCUGUUACAGCAAAUCUUUAUGCUGCACUGUUACAUCUUCGAGAUCGCAAUUUUGAAAGAAUCAUAUGGGUGGAUUCUAUUUGUAUCAAUCAAGAAGAUAACACAGAGAAGAGCCACCAGAUUCAAUUGAUGGCGAAGAUUUUUGGCCUAGCAAACCGCGUAAUUGUUUAUCUUGGUGAAGCGACAGAUGAUAGUGAUCAAGCACUCGAAAGUAUACGUGUUGCGGCAGAAGAUGAAUCCGCAGAAGACGAAUCCGUAGAAAGCGAAUCCGCAGAAGACGAAUCCGUAGAAAGCGAAUCCGCAGAAGGAGAUUUUGUAGAAGCUGAAUCUGUGGAAGUUGAAUCUACACGAGGUGAAUCCCCAGAAGCUGAAUCGGAGGGAAUCAAUGGAACGAGCCAGAGGGGAAUUUUGGAAUUGCUCAAACGACCAUGGUUUCAACGUAUCUGGGUUCUUCAAGAGGUCGGCUUCGCUCAACAAAUCCUGAUAAUGUGCGGUUCUGCAUCAAUAGAUGGACAUACCUUCAGCAUAGGUUUCGGUCAGCUCUUCUAUAAAAACCAUUCAGAACUGCCAAAUUUGAUCCGUCCAGUGAUUUACCUGAUAAGAGGAGCAAUUUUCCGGCCGAAAUAUGCAAUUAGGUCAUCAGGCGCACUUUCUCUAGGCGAGCUGAUAGACAUGUACCAUACCCGCAUGGCCACUAAACUCCACGACAAGAUAUAUGCCUUACUUAGCAUGAGUUUUGAUACUUCUAACGUAGCUGGUCUAUCGCCUGACUAUAGGGUUACAUGGACGACACUCUUGGAGCGACUUGUUAAAUUUGUCCUCUUCAAAGAUGUAUCUGUAAAAGCUUGGGAGGACAAGGAAAUAGUAUUAAUUGAGAGCAAAGGCUAUGUCAUUGGCCAUGUAUUCUCAAUAGAUGCUGAUAGUACCAGGUACGAUAGACAAUACGUAUCUAUCGUUUCCAACAAUCAGUCAGAAUUCGACAACAAAGAGCACACCACUCGCUGGCUUCUACAUGCUUCAGCAAAACCUAUCCGACAAGGUGAUCUCGUUUGCCUUUUACAAGGAGCUUCAAAACCAUCUAUCAUCAGAGCAUAUAAGGAUCACUUUUCUAUUAUUGUAAUUGCAGUUACUUUGCAAGAUAAAAUACAAAAAAAGGGCGAAUGGUUUAAGUCUCUGCGUCCCUUACUAUCGAUGAAGGGAUUUUCGCGUGAUUUUCUACUUAUCUGGAACUGGGAGAAAGGCCCAGAGAGCUUACAAGGUCAAGUGGAAGAUGAAGAUAUAACUGAGAGGUAUACCUCAAUGCUAGAGUAUCCAAAGAUGGAUACAAACAAAACAGUCAAUUCAAUAAAUGUAGCACUUGCUUUAGGAGACACAAGAAACUACGAAAAGGCAAAAAAUAUACUUCAGAUACAGGUAGCAAAUUACGAGGGAGUUCUUGAAAGAGAGAGUUUAGAUAUGUUGGCAUUAAAAGAAAGCCUUGCAUGGAUAUAUCGUGAGAAAAAUAAACAGAUGCUAGCAGAGAAUCUUUUCUUGCAAGUAAUAGAAACAAGAAAGGGUUUCCAGGGGAUAAAUCACCGCGCUACAUUGAGCAGCAUGGCAAGGCUAGGGUUGGUUUACAUGCUAGCGGAAUUGUCCCCACAAAAUCACAGGAAAUUUAUCACAAGACUAUCGAACCAAAUCGAAAACAACGAUCAAAUAAGCGAGGAAGAUAUGAUAAAAGUUGGAAAUUUAAGUAGUCAUAAAAUGAUGAAACUUUUGUUGGAACUGAAAAGGGACAAUGUUGAAGUUACAGAAGAGGUGGUAAAGGCUGUAGCAAGUAAUUAUUAUGGAGAGAGUAUUAUGAAACUUAUAUUGGAGAAACGAGGGGAAGAAAUAAUAAUCACUGAAGAGGCAUUGAAGGCUAUAGCAAGCAAUGAAUAUGCAGGAGAGGAUAUUAUGGAACUUAUAUUGGAGAAACGAGAAGAAAUUAUUAUUACUGAAGAAGUAUUGAAGGCUGCAGCAAGCAAUCACAGUGGAGGGAAGAUAUUGGAACUUAUAUUGGAGAAACGAGAAGAAAUAAUAAUCACUGAAAAGGUAUUGAAGGCUGCAGCAAACAAUUAUUAUGGAGAGAAGAUAUUGGAACUUAUAUUGAAGAAACGAGGGGAAGUCAUUAUUACUGAAGAGGUAUUGAACGCUGCAGCACACAAUUACAAUGGAGGGAAGAUAUUGGAACUUAUAUUGGAGAAACGAGAAGAAAUAAUAAUCACUGAAAAGGUAUUGGAGGCUGCAGCAAGCAAUUACAAUGGAGAGAAGAUAUUGGAACUUAUAUUGAAGAAACGAGGGGAAGUCAUUAUUACUGAAGAGGUAUUGAAGGCUGCAGUAAGCACUUGUUAUGGAGAGAGUACUAUGAAACUUAUAUUGGAGAAACGAGGGGAAGUCAUUAUUACUGAAGAGGUAUUGAAGGCUGCAGCAGGCAAUGGAUAUUAUGGAAAGGGGAUUAUAGAACUUAUAUUGAAGAAACGAGAAGAAGUCAUUAUUACUGAAGAGGUAUUGAAGGCUGCAGCAGGCAAUGGAUAUCAUGGAAAGGAGAUUAUAGAACUUAUAUUGAAGAAACGAGAAGAAGUCAUUAUUACUGAAGAGGUAUUGAAGGCUGCAAGAAGGAAUGAGAGACUUGGACAGGAAGGAAUGAGGCUGUUGUUGGAGCACCAAGCAAAGCAUACCAUCAUUCUAGAGGAGGGAGUCAAGACCGCUACUACAGAUGAGUAAUUGUCUGUAUGUAGGUGAACGUCCUUUAGUCAUUCAGCCUAGUAUAGAAGAUUGAGCGAGGGCUGUAGAGUCCUAGAAAUAUUCUUAAACGACUGCCUAUUCUUGUAUAUAGCUUAGCUCACUAGAUAGAAUACAAUGUUGGCAAAUGAAAGACUUUCAAUCAACGGCA